GGAAAGUCUACACUUGUCAGGCUGCUGGAGAAGCACAGCGAUGAGUGGGAGGUGAUCCCCGAGCCCAUCGCCAAGUGGUGCAACAUCCAGACCAGUGAGGAUGAGUGCGAGGAACUUUCGACUUCUCAGAAGAGUGGAGGAAACAUACUUCAAAUGCUGUAUGAUAAACCUACAAGAUGGGCUUAUACUUUUCAGACUUAUGCCUGCUUGAGCCGAGUAAGGGCACAACUGAAACCCAUCUCAGCCAAGCUGCAUGAAGCAGAACAUCCAGUGCAAUUUUUUGAGAGAUCUGUGUACAGUGACAGGUAUGUGUUUGCUUCUAACUUGUUUGAAUCCGGAAACAUCAAUGAAACAGAAUGGGCUAUCUAUCAGGACUGGCACACAUGGCUUUUAAAUCAGUUUCAAUCUGAAGUAGAACUGGAUGGCAUGAUCUACCUAAGGACCACACCUCAGAAAUGCAUGGAAAGACUACAGAAGAGGGGAAGAAAAGAGGAGGAAGGAAUUGAUCUUGAGUAUUUGGAAAACCUCCACUAUAAACAUGAGACGUGGCUUUAUGAAAGAAGUAUGAGAGUUGAUUUUGAGAACCUUAAAGAGAUGCCCAUUCUAGUUUUGGAUGUCAAUGAAGAUUUUAAAAAUGAUAAAAUUAAACAGGAGUACCUGAUUGAUGAGAUCAAAUCUUUCCUGACCUCUUAAGAAGAAUUGAGAUGUACAUGAAAUGCUUGGAACUCAAGAGUUCAAUCACGUGGUCUUCGACAUUCUAGCUAAACUAGAUGUAUUGUCAGUAUAACUUAUAAGCCUCAGAAAAGCAGUUUUGUUUGUUUGAACUUUGCUGUGUAUUUUAAAGAAAAAUAAAGAGUGCCUUGAUAAUGUA